AGCCACGGCUUACUGGAAGCUGAAGGAGUUCUGCUCGGCGUGAUCUUUGGGGACGCCACGCCAAUGCAGAUUAGUUUGCCGUACAUCGCUGUUAGGCCCUCCUCUCAUAUCAUACGGAGUCGAAGAUCAUAUAUAUCUACUACCUAUUGCGAAGGUCCUGUCUCUUCCUCGAGUAGAUUGCCUUCAAGGUCGCUCCUUACUAAAAGGCCUAGGGCUUUGCCUCCAUAUAUUCCACUCUUUUCAUAGUACCACUCUAUCUUAUUGCACAUUCUCACCCACCAUGUUGGUUAACACUCUAGCCUGUUGGCUCUCUCUUGGGUCACUUGCAUUCGCUGGUGCUAUUCCCCGGAACGCUGAUCCUUUACCUCCAUCCCGUGUUAUCGUCGAGAGGCAAGCCACCACAAGUACAUCAGUUCCUGACGGACAGUGUACGAAUGGACCGCGGACACGAAACUGCUGGAGCAGUGGCUUCAGUAUUGCGACGGACUUCGACGCCAAAGCCCCCCCAGCAGGAAAGACGGUGACGUAUAACCUCGAGAUCACGAACACAACACUGAAUCCGGACGGAGCUGGCGAUCGUAAUGUCAUGCUGAUCAACAACCAAUUCCCUGGUCCGGUCAUUCGAGCAUCUUGGGGAGACACACUAGUUGUCAAUGUCAAGAAUUCACUCGCAGACAAUGGGACUGGUAUCCACUGGCACGGCAUCCGGCAACUGAACUCAUGUCAGCACGAUGGAGUCCCAGGGGUAACGGAGUGUCCCAUCGCGCCUGGAAAGUCCCGCCAAUAUGUUUUCAAAUGCACUCAGUUCGGAACGAGUUGGUAUCACUCUCAUUGGAGCGCGCAGUACUCGGAAGGCACUCUAGGCACUCUCAUUAUCGACGGCCCAGCUACUGCGAACUAUGACGAGGAUCUCGGCACGCUUCCCAUUACGGAAUGGUACUCACUGCCAGGAUUCACCCUGAACGAGCAAGCGCAGCACUCUCAGGUUGGACCGCCUAAACCAGACAACAUCCUGGUGAACGGUACCCACGUCAACGCGAAUGGAGGUGGUAGCUACUUUACGAUGAAAGUCAAGAAGGGCAAGAAGUACCGCAUCCGCAUUAUCAACACCUCUGUCGACACCACUUUCAGUGUCUCUAUGGAUAAGCAUCCGUUUACUGUCAUUACUUCAGACUUUGUCCCGAUCAAACCAAUCGUUGCAGACCAACUCACUCUCGCUAUCGGCCAGCGUUACGACGUUGUCAUCAACGCCAACCAAACUGCCGACAACUACUGGUUCCGCGUCAGCGUAGGCACCGACUGCGGUAGCAAUGACAUGGUCGGCAAGGAUAUCCCUCUGGGCGCCAUCCUCCAAUACGACGGCGCCCCCGAUGGGAACCCGACAUCCACCGGCGUCACGAUGCGCACUUCCUGCAACGACGAAACAAACCUCGUCCCAUUCGUGCCCAACUCCGUCCCCACGGACAUCGUCCCGCAAGCAGAAAUGCAGCUCAACCACCACCAGGACGCUACCGAUAAUUUCCUCUUUCGAUGGACGAUCGAUGGGAGUCCUAUCAUUGUGGACUGGAAUCAGCCGUCGCUGCAGACUGCGCUCGAGGGCUCGUCGACUUUCGGCAACAAUUCUAACGUGUACGAGAUGCCGUCGAGCAAUUGGUAUUUCUGGUGGAUUCAGACGACGAGUUUUAUUGCGAUACCUCAUCCUAUUCAUCUGCAUGGCCAUGACUUUUACAUUCUGGGCUCCGGUGCGGGCACUUGGGAUGGCUCGACCGCCGGUCUCAACUUCGCGAAUCCCACGCGCAGAGAUACGGCGACGCUGCCGGGUGGUGGAUACCUGCUUCUUGCGUUCCCUGCUGAUAAUCCGGGGCUGUGGGUGAUGCACUGCCACAUUGCCUGGCACGCAUCGCAGGGCUUAAGCGUACAGUUCUUGGAGCGGAAGACGGAGAUCAAGGGCGCGAUUGGCAGUACAGCCGCCUUCGAUCAGGGAUGCAAUGAGUGGGAUGAUUAUUGGUUCCCAGGUAACCAUCCGUAUAACCAGACGGAUUCUGGUAUCUAAGUGGGUUUCUUUUCUGGGGGGUGGGCUGGAGUCUUGGUGAUUUGAAUUGCAUUGCAUUGUUCUAUUUUCGAAGUCUACGGGGGGAGCUUCUACGCUUUGCUUUGUUGGUGCUGAGAGUUUCUUCUAGAAUCAGUACUUCUCGCUUGCUCCAUAUAUCUGCGUUCUGUGUGGGGAUGGUGGACCCCAGGAACCUUCAAGGAGUUU